GCUGGGCAAUUAGAUGAUGCUUAUGAUUUUAUACAGGACAUGCCAAUUAGGCCGGAUGCAGCCAUAUGGGGAGCCUUGUUAAAUGCUUGCAGAAUUCACAGAAAUGUCGAGCUUGGAGAAAUUGCAGCGACACGUAUAUUUGAAAAGGACGAUAAAAGUGUUGGGUAUUAUAUCCUUCUCUGCAAUCUCUAUGCUGAAUGCGGUAACUGGGACAAGGUUGCAAAGGUUAGAUCACUGAUGAGAGAGAGAGGACUAUCCGUAGAUCCUGGUUGCAGUUGGGUGGAAAUAAAGGGAAAAGUUCACGCUUUCCUCAGCGGUGAUAACUCUCAUGCUCGGUCAAAGGAAAUUAAUGGGGUUCUGGAUGGAUUUUAUAGCAAGAUGAAGGAAAGUGGUUUCGGCAAUUUGAAGAGCAGUUUCACGAGUGAGAUCGAAUCCUCCAAAGCUGACAUUUUUUGUGGGCAUAGUGAAAGGCAGGCCAUUGCGUUUGGGCUGAUCAAUACUGCCCCGGGGAUGCCUAUCUGGGUGACAAAAAACCUGUAUAUGUGCCAUAGCUGUCACAACAUGGUAAAGUUCAUCUCAACAAUAGUACGUAGAGAAAUAUCGGUCAGGGACGUCGAGGAGUAUCACCAUUUCAAGGAUGGAGUCUGCUCAUGUGGGGAUGAGGGAUAUUGGGGAAAACCUAGUAUAGGAUGAAACAUACUUAAUUUUUGGAAUUCUACAUAAACUUAAUCAUCUAUGGCAACAUUGAACAGCAUAUGGUUACUUCCUGGUUGCUCGGAUAAUGUACGAAAGGUCGAAAACGAGGUAAGACAAACGAUGAAAUUCCAGUGGAAUCAACAAAAAUAUAUGGGAACUUAACUACCAUGCCAAACUUGAGGAAGCCAGUUUGGUUGUCUCUAAUGGGUGAAAAGAUAAGUGCUGCCAUGGAACUUCGUUGAGGUAAGCUUUAUGAAGGAAAUGUGCAAAUGGAUUCCAUUCCAUGUAGCUUUGGUAAAUCAUAUACAAAAUUCUUCCAUUAGUGUAACACAUUGGUAUUAAUGUCAAUAGUUGAUAAAUUACAGAAUGAAAAUACUCAUAUCUGCCUUAGCUCUUCCCUUUUCUUAUGUGCGUUUUCAGAAUGAAAACUUAGUUUAGAUGUAAUGUAAUUAAAAUUUUAGGUUUAAAUACCAUUUUGAUCUCUAUAAUACAAUUUUAGUUCCAGUAGUCUCCUUUAGUUUUUGUUACUUUUUAUUGUUAUUGUUAUUUAAAAGCAUUUUUACUACAAUUAUUUAAAACAUGUUCCCAUAUUGCUUUCUUCUUACUUGAAAAUUAGUAUUUAUUAUUCAAUAAGUUCGGUAAAAACUAACUUAGAGAUUAAAUUUAAGAUAGAAUUUCAAUGAACGAUAUCUUAACGAUCAAAUAUUUCAAUUGGCCGAUGAGAUAGACUUGGAUUCCAUUUGGCAUCAUAGAUAUUUCUUUUUAGUUCCAUCUUAGAUAUUAUUGGAAAGAGGAAACUUCACAUCAAAGAACAAUAAAAUACAAUGGAAUCACAUUGAAUACUUGAAAAUGAAAUGCCUCAAAGUAAAAUAUCUGUUUGUGAAUUUGUGAUAUCUUUAUGGAACAUUUUGAAAACUAUAUUAAGUAUUUUACUUACUUACUUAUAUAUUUUCAAUAUUUCACAUUGUAACACCAUUAUUAGAAUUAAUUUAUAUGCUUUCAUACGUUAAAAAAAAGAAGAAGAUAUUUUCUUCCCUUUUUCCACCUUAAAGAGUACAACUCAUUGGUAGUUGAAACCUACAAUCAAAAUAGAAACAAAAAUCCAUUCUUUACUGAUCCCAACUUUGGACACUAAGCGUAUCGGCUUUUGCCACACGGAGGUAAGCCACCGGCCGAUUUCCAACUAUGGAGGAGCCCGCUUCCGAUCAUUCCGCCAUCAGAAACCGGUGGUUCCGCCGUCUGCCGGCGACCCUCAGGCUCAAAACUUCCGUCCUUGCAGAGAUAUCGGGUGCCGUCGGCGACCUCGGCACUUACAUCCCCAUCGUUCUCACUCUCACACUCGUCUCCCAUCUCGAUCUCGGAACAACUCUAAUCUUCACCGCUCUUUACAACAUUGUCACCGGCUUCCUCUUUGGCAUUCCGAUGCCAGUUCAGCCGAUGAAAUCCAUUGCCGCCGUCGCCGUUGCCGAAUCUACUCAUCUCACUCUCCCUCAAAUCGCCGCCGCAGGUCUCUCCACCGCUGCCGUUCUCCUGUUCCUCGGUGCCACCGGCCUUAUGUCCGUCCUUUACCGAUACCUUCCGCUGCCGGUCGUCCGCGGUAUUCAGCUCUCUCAGGGUCUCUCCUUCGCCUUCACCGCCAUUAAAUACAUCCGGUACAAUCAAGAUUUGGUCACCUCUAAAACCGGCGGACCUCGGUCCUGGCUUGGAUUUGACGGCCUAGUAAUUGCCCUAAUUUCUUGUCUAUUUCUAAUUUUGACCACUGGAGCCGGCGAUUCUUAUAAGGAAGAACCGUCGUCUUCCGAACCGCUUAGUGGUUCUGAAUCUCGUUCUGGCCGUCGAAUCAGAAGGUUACGAAUCUUAUCUAUGAUUCCUGCUGCCCUGAUUGUCUUCUUGUUUGGAUUUUUGAUCUGUUUUCUUCGUGAUCUUUCCGUUCUGAAGUACCUUAAAUUUGGCCCUUCGAAAUUGCACAUACUGAGAAUCACGUGGGAAGAUUGGAAAAUAGGGUUUGUACGAGCUGCAAUUCCCCAAAUUCCUCUUUCAAUUUUGAACUCAGUGAUUGCAGUUUGCAAAUUGUCCGCUGAUUUGUUUCCAGAUCGCGAAGUCUCCGCAAUGACUGUGUCUGUCAGUGUAGGGAUAAUGAACUUCGUCGGCUGCUGGUUUGGCGCAAUGCCGGUCUGCCAUGGCGCCGGUGGCCUCGCCGGGCAGUACCGAUUCGGCGGAAGAAGUGGCGCUUCGGUGGUGUUUUUAGGGAUUGGGAAAUUGGUUUUGGGAUUGGCGUUUGGGAAUUCGUUUGCACAGGUUUUGAGUCAGUUCCCAAUUGGAGUUCUUGGUGUUCUUCUUCUGUUUGCUGGGAUUGAAUUGGCUAUGGCUUCCAAGGACAUGAAUAGUAAAGAAGAAUCAUUUGUAAUGUUGGUUUGUGCUGCUGUUUCACUCACUGGGUCUAGUGCUGCUUUGGGUUUUGGUGUUGGGAUUGUGCUGUUUCUCCUGUUGAAACUGAGAGAAUUUGACUGUUCUUCUUCUUCUUCUUCGUCUUGUCUUGGGUUUCAAUGGAUGAAGCCCAAAUCUAAUGCUGAAGAAGAUGAAUCAACCCACUUGCUAGCUUGAAGAGGAAACAUAAGAAGAAUGGAGUGUUUUCUUCUUCCAUUUUGAUCCACUCUGGUAAUGCACUUAGGAUAAGACCCUUCUCUUCACUGCAGUCUUGAGUAUGUGUAUAUAUAUGUUUAUGUUGUGAUUUGUGCAUAUAAUCUUUUCACAAAUUUUUAUUGUAUGUGUUUGGGUCAUAAUGGGUUCCAUUUUUCCAUAGUGAAGGACAGGACUCUAGAAAUUUUCGAUUCAUGUAAUCUAAGGUUGUUUACUUAUCAUUAGAUUUUGAAACUGUGGCGACCAACCUUUACAAAGGAAGGUGUCUGAGCUUUUUCCCAAGCAAGCAAUAAAACUAUGGUGGAUUAACUUCA